AUGGAGCACAAGGAACAAAAUUUACGUAAUUUGUUAAACAAAAUAGCAGCAGAACAAGGGUUUGCAAACCAUGAAUUAAUUAUAAAUGACAUAUCAAGUGGCGGCGCUAAUUACACGUCACAAUUGUACACCGCGAUCAUAAGGGAACAAAAUAAAGAUGAUUUACACUUGUUCGCUAAAGUGGCGAUACUGCCGGCAAAGUUGACGAAGCAAAUGGACAUCAGUGUGUUUGCUACUGAACAACUUGCUUACACAAACAUUUUCAAAACCUUUGCGGCAUUUGAAGCUGAAAAUGAUGUGCCUGAGGAGUACAGGCUGAAGAUCACAAAGUAUUACGGGUACUACGACGGAGAAAACGAGGAGAUAUUGGUCCUUGAUAACUUGUUGGCUCAAGGAUACUCGCCGUUCGACAGGUUCCAAUCCAUAGACUGGGAGUACGCGUCCUCAGCAGUCAGAGACCUGGCGCGGUUCCACGCGCUGUCGCUGGGUUACAGUGAAGUAUACCCUGAGGAAUUCCAAAAAAUUGUAGCGAAAAUUUUCAUGGAUUUGAGUGGAGUCGACUUUGACAGUGUCUUCGGGGCGACGAUUAAAACUGCACUGAAGACUGUGCAGCCUAAAUAUAAGAAGUCCCUGGAGAACAUAUUGAAUACGUAUUUGGACAAUAAUUUCACAUUAGUGAAGCCAGCCUCUUUUCGGCCAGUGAUUGUGCACGGAGACUUUCGCGGAAGCAACUUGCUGCACAGGGUACAUCCGGCUACCAUGCAAUUAGCUAAUCUAUAA